AUGGCUACUGCAAAAAUGAAUCGGGGUCGCCAGAGGGUAGAUAUGGUCAAAAUGACCAACGAAAAUAAUCUGCAGGUCACGUUCUCUAAACGUCGCGUAGGUUUGUUCAAAAAAGCGAGCGAACUCUGUACCUUAACAGGGUCAGAGGUUGCUAUUGUGGUCUUUUCUCCGGGGAGCAAGGCUUACUCUUUUGGCUCCCCCAGUGUGAGUGAGAUCUUAGAGAAGUAUGAGACUCAAGUGCCUCAUUUUAUUGGUCCUCAGGGCUCAAUCGACGAGGCAAACCAGACACGUCGCAGGGCUAACGAGAUUAGCCUCAAUGAAGAAUUGAGAGCCCUGGAAGAUCACUUGGACGCCGUGAAUAAAAGGAGCAGAGAAUUUACAAAGAUGGUGAGAGGUAAUCAGAAUCAGUAUUGGUGGCAAGCUCCUAUUGAAGAGCUCAGCAUGGAACAGCUCGAGCAGCUGAAAAUUGCUUAUGAGGAGCUGGACAAAAGAGUUCAGAUUCAAGCACAAAAAUGA